AAAACCCACAAAUACAAGCGUACGCUCUAGGAAAAAAAUCGUAUCCGCGCUAGUAUUGUUAAGAAAAGAGAUCUUGGGGAGAUACGAAGGUUUUUGUGGAACGAGUACAGAGUAAAAAGCAAGGAACAAAAAUUGACUGUAAAAACAUGUCUGUGUGUGUAUGUGUGCUCGCUAAUGAAAAACAAAGAACUGACUUGUGUCUCUGCGAAGAACGUUAGUUAAAAAGAAAUCAUCUAAGAGCGUACAUCAUUUCUUGGUGCAUUUAUGCAAAGUAGAGAGAGUUAAGAUUUCGUCUUUCUCUGUCAUCGGUAAUUAGUGGUCGGCGGGCAGAAAGAGAGGGGGCACUGUACGUGUGUGAUUCUAACGACGGCCAAGUAUACGCCGCCCCUUAAUUUAUAUCUAAGGGUAAAACAGUAAGAGUAAAGGAGACGGAGAGGGGAGUCUUGUAUGUGGGGUGGAAAGGCGCAAGCGUUCUUGGCUCUUGCAAGCUUUGUCUAAUCGGAUUCAUUAACGGGGAUCCGGGAAUUAUGCGUCCAUUGCGAGCCGGCAUAUUUUUGAAAGCAGUCGGACCCGCACCCCUUCGAAGACGAGCUCCGGCGGGACCUGGUGCAAGAUCCUUCAAAUUCAAAAGAAAAAGACGUUAUUCAUGUGACGAAGGCGAAGAACAAUCAAACGAAAAUGUCCCAAUCUCACUACUCGCUUAGGUGGAAUAACCAUCAGAAUCACAUACUGUCAGCAUUUGACGCCUUGUUACAAGCCGAAACGUUAGUCGAUGUGACUUUGGUAUGUGCGGAAACGUCGGUAAGGGCGCAUAAGGUUGUUCUCAGUGCGUGUUCGCCCUUCUUUCAAAGAAUCUUUUCGGAAAACCCCUGUAAACACCCAGUUAUAGUUUUAAAGGACUUUAGUGGAUGGGAAGUUCAAGCUAUCGUUGAUUUCAUGUACAAAGGUGAAAUAAGUGUCGGACAAGAACAGUUGCAAAGCCUCAUUAAGGCCGCGGAAAGCCUACAAGUGCGAGGUUUAGCCAAUCAAGAUCAAUUCGGAAUCGACAAGGAGUCGAGCGCGGUUACGAAUCCCACACUUACACCUUCGACCUCGCCCAUGGACUACGAUCGUGGAUUUUAUCCCACCAGCGGUCGCUUCUCAACACCCGCAUCAACCGGUAUAACACCCGUCGAAAGAGUAUCGCCCAUCACACCGCUCUCCACGAACAACUUCGACACGCCAGUAAAGCUACCGCACAUGCCUCACAUAACAUUCCCCGACAAUCUCUUGCCACGGCCCGACUGUCAGUCGCCGAUCCCGAGAAGAAAGCAAGCUCGACCGAGAAGACGAUCGGGAGAACUAUGCGGCGCCCAAGAUCUCACAACCAACAACUUGAAAUCGACGUCGCCGAUUGAGGACACGGCGGAAAACCUAUGCGUGAAGAGACCAAGGGACGCGGAGAAGAUCAAGGACAUCAAAAUAUCAACCCCCGAUCUAUCCGGCAGUCCGGAAUUAGAUUUAAGCAUCUCGCACGACAAGGAAUACUUACCUUCUCCGCCUCUCUCCCUUCCGCCUGUUCUCAAUCUGCACCAAGAAUUGGAUAGCCACUCACCGUUGCCUUUUCCUCCAAUGCCAUCUGUCUCUGCGUUAUCAAUGUCAUCGCCUCACAGCAAAUGUAAGUAG